AAUUAAUGGAGAAUUUAAACAAUUAGGAGAUACGAUGUGCCCAAUUAAUAUUUGUAAAAUGCGUCUUAUACGCGUAGAUUAUGGCACUACAAAAGAAGAAUUAUUUGAUUUCGAUUCAAACGGCACUUUUAAAAAAACAGAUAGUUGCGGAGGAUGUGUUUUGCAGGCUUUUGCUGAUUAUUAUAACAUUGAAAUAACAAAUGAAGAUUACUUUAGUAAUUAUAAUUGGUACAACACUAUUCAAGCCGUGGAUAACGGUUUCGUUGACAUAAUUUUUGGACCAACUUUACCAACACAUAACUUAGUUUCUCAUUUAGAUAAAGGAGCAGCUUACACCUAUGAAGAAUUUAUUUUUAUCGAUACGAUACCAAAAGCAAUCCCAACGUUAUUUGUUCUGAUUACACCACUAAAGAUAGAAGUAUGGAUAUGCUUUACUGGAGUAGUUAUUUUAUUCAGCGUAUUUAUUAAACUACUCAAUAAUUUUCAAACAAAUCGCAAGGCAUCUCAAAGACUCGAUUGCUUAGACCAUUUAGCACUAUACUUUAACCAACCUGUUAGCCUGCCGAAAAAAUCAGGAAUACGUAUUGUUAUUAAUUUAUGGUUGGUUUAUGCUCUUUUAAUGAAUGCUUUUUACAAUUGUAAUUUUGUAAGCGCGUUAAUUAAGAUGAGGCCUAAAUUUUACUGGAAACUUUUGAGGAACUGAGCAAUUCUGGUCGAAAGUUGGGAGGUCCCGACAUUGUCAAAGAAUGGUUACAUGAUUCAGAUGAUUCUACCAUGAUCAAUUUAUACGAACGCUACGAGAUAAUAAACCCUGACAAUAUUUCAUACGCUUAGUAUGAAUUAAAAAUGACAGUAGCAGUAACUGACUAUGCCAUACUAAAAACUAAUAUGUCAAACUUUUAUAUUUUAAAAGAAAAAAUUGUGUCUUAUCCUCUUUUGUACUAUGCACCAAAAGGCCAUCCUUAUUUAAAACAUAUGUCACAAUUCAUGGAGAGAAUUAGAGCGGGAGAUAUACCGAUUAAUGAUUGUUCACUUAAAAAACAAGCUUUUAAAAACAAUAAAUUUAAUGCGAUAAAAAUGGAGCAUUUACGGAUUA